UCAUCAAAAAUAGAAUUUUUAUAAUCCGCGGCGGGUUAAUGUUAUUGAGUUUUUAUCCUGUAAUUCUCUCAUUUGGAUGGCAGAUAAAUAGAACGUAAGAAUGCAUGCAUGGGGAUAUAAACGAGAAAAAAACUCAUCAGAGUGAGUGAUAAAUGUGCGAAAAAGGAACUUGCCAACAUGCAAAGACAUCUUGCGAAUAGUGUCAAUUGUUUAUUGUUGUUCAUUGAAUAGUUUGGUUGUAUAGAUAGAAAGUCGGAAAGUUUUUUUUUGUAAUGGAGGAUCACACCGAAGAAACAAAUGAUAUGAUCGAAAUGCUAAAGUCUGAGGUUUUGCAAUCACAGCAAAUUGUAGUACUAGGAUGUAGAGAUGAUAAACGGGAUAAUAGUAUGCAACAACAGAAUGAUCAGAACAAGUCAAAUGCUUCGGAAUCGCUUGUUGAGAUACAGCAUGCAACUGCUUUGACAAAUAACAAUUCACCAGCCAAUAUAAUUAUGUUAAAUCAAGGUUUUCCAAAUUCGGACGAUCCCUCAAAUAAGUUGCAUCAUCAAAUGCGCCAUGUCCAUAUACCCUACAUACUAAACGGUGAACUUUACCAGAUUCAAACACAAGAUGGUGAAAAUGUGACAGUUAAAUGCUGCCACUGCCCCCCUGAUCGGGUAUAUAGAGGUAGCGUGCGAUCAACGGGAAACUUCCAUAUGCACAUAAAGCGACGUCAUCCUGAUUUAUUGGAAAAGCUGCACGAUAUGAAAGUUAAUGCUCUUUUGGAAAGGCGUGAUCGUUUAAUACGCAAUCGAAAAAUUAACUCACGCAACAACCGAAACAGACUUAACUCCCUAGGCAUUACCACAUCAACCCCUAAUAACAAGGAAGAUCCUAAAUCGAAUUUGGUACAACAACAAGUGCAAUCUUCGUCUCCGGCAGACAAUUCCACUUCCGAGUUGAGUUUAUUGCACACGCACAAGUUGAAAAUCAAAACUGUAUUCCAGAGACAUCAAAUGCAGCAAAAAGAAGCAGCAGAAAUGCGCGAUGCUAGCUGGAACCAUGCGGAUUAUGUUGUGCUGCCCAUAACAAAUAUGGCAACCAGCGGCCAAGCCACAGAUGGUCCCAUAAAUUAUAGUUUGAAAUCUCAAGAGAGAAUGGAAAUACUUGAACAACAACAACAACCAACGUGUGUAUCGACACAAAUUUUAACACAACAACAGCCAUCAUCAUCAUCCCAUCAACAGCAACACGUGGAUAUUGCUCUUACAAAUGCGGUCGAAUGUGUUAACAUACCCACAGCCACAAAAACACAAACAACAAAUGUUUUUGAAUGUACCACCAAUAAUGAAUAUGUUUACGAAAACCAACAGAAUAAUAUAAGUAGAGACUUGUCAACGGCGACAACAGCCACACAGUCCUCAUUGUCGUCCAGUGAAUUAAGUACAUUUUCAUCGGUAAACAACAACACUAAUAAUAAAAACAAUGGCAACCCAGUGGUAUUUCAUCAACCGCAUAAUGGUUAUGCAUCCCAUCACCAUCAAACAUUGUCCAUUAUUAAACCAGAAGAACUCUUAACACCCUUUGAACAUCAGGCUAUUGAUUUAACACUACACACCGAUUCAGGAAUAUAUUCAAAUUCCAAUGAAAGUGUUACCAAUAAUAACUCGCAAAAUAGCACAACAGAAAAUAGAGCUGGCUCUCAACACACUCCACAUUCCCACACUCCUCAAACGACACAUUGCGAAAACAACUGCCAAAAGUGGCAGGAGCUAUUGAUACACGUUGAAAGUUCAUUGCGUGACAUACAACACGAAAUGAACAUUCGAAAUCAAAUUGAAUCAAAUCGUAUGUUUUUGGACAUUGCGAAGUUUAAAUUCCUGCAUCCUAGUUUUCAAUUCAAUUGGUAAGAUGCUACAUGAGCAAUUCAUAUGAUUAAUCGCUAAUACUCAUUAAGGAAAUGAGUUAUAUAUGUUUAUCCCCAUUUAAAUUUAGUUUCUUAUAACAUAAAUAUGUAUAUAAGUUGUUGGAUUUUUUUUUUGUUUAUA